AUGCCCAAACCCUCUGGUAUCGAUCUCAAAAUCAUCGAAGCUUUGAACCAUAUCAUUGUUCAGCCCCAGUUACCCUGCCCUUUAAUCAAUGCAGUGGAUCGGUUACCAUCUUACUUUCCGCCCAACAUGGCUCAAUGGGUCCUAACCAAUCCGGAACUCGACACCUUGGAUAAUACAAUCCGCCUAUUAACGGAAAUCUUUGGUAUUCCCAUUGCUCAACAACGAAACCUCCCGUCAAGACAAUUCAAGACUGACUUUCAACCUAUUGCUCAGAAUCAUCCUAAACGUACUUAUAUUCCCGUCGAAGUUUUACAUUCAAGUUAUCUCGGUGCCAUGACUCCUCGUCUGUUGGAAAGAAUCAUCAUGAAAACCCACGCCUCGCCCAAUCUAUCCAAAACUGACUCAUAUUACAAUGUCCCUUUUGGUGCCUUUUCUCUUCACGAACAUUUCUCUAUCAAUGGCUCUGGAUCUAUCUCGAACGGAAAUUUACGUCUUUCAGUGCAAUCCUUGAUCCUACGACCGAAAUCCUUAUCGAAUUUAUGGCUUGAGAGUUAA